UAUUUGCACCACGCUCCUUAAUUACCUGCUGUGCACCUUGAUUAUCAUCAGCUUCCUAAUUCUCACACUCCGUUUUAAUUUCAACCUCUUUCCGAUAUCUGAGAUCUAUUGUAACACCUUCGUCCUCCUUCCUCUCCCUGUUUCCCUUUCUGUAUACAUCUCAAGCUCUCGCCCUCUCCCCUAUCCGAAUUCUCAUAAUCCUUUCACAUAGAUUUCAUCGAUCACUCGCAAGAUUUCUGUAAUUUUAAUAUCCCAUCGAGCACUAUGAUAAAGAAAUCGCAGCUCGUGUUUGUGCCUCUUCCUGCCAUAGGUCACAUGGUGUCCACCAUCGAGUUCGCCAAGCUUCUCAUCAAACACAACGAACACCUUUCAAUCACCGUCCUCCUGAUCCAAGCACCGUUUGACUCUGCCGUCCACUCCUACACACACUCCCUCACCUCUUCACUUUCCGUCCCUGAACGUCUCCGCUUCAUCCUCCUUCCUACACACCGCGACCCUCAUGCCAACUCUGAUCAGUCCAGCCACCCAGCUUCCUUCAUAGAGCGUCUCAUUGAAAGCCACAAACCCAGCAUCAGAGAAGCUGUGUCCAACCUCAAAUCCGGCCCCGACGCGAUCCGGCUCGCCGGCUUCGUCGUGGACAUGUUCUGCACCUCCAUGAUUGAGGUGGCCAACGAGUUCGGGGUUCCCACCAUGGUGUUCUUUGCGGCCAGUGCUGCAUUUCUAGGGUUCAUUCUUCAUAUUCACGCGAUCAGGGACCGGGAAAACGUGGACACGACGGCGUUGAACUUCAAGGAAUCGGGCACCCAGUUUGCUAUCCCAAGCUUCGCGAACCUUGUUCCUGCUAGUGUUUUCCCCACGGCUGUCCUGGAGAAGGAGUGGGAUUCAUUUUUCUUCAAUCGCGCAAAGGAGCUGAGAAAAGUGAAAUGUAUCAUAGUAAACACAUUCGAGGAACUGGAAUCCCACGCUGUCCAGUCAUUCUCCAACGGCGAUCUUCCUAAGGUCUAUCCGGUGGGGCCCAUCUUAAGCUUAGGGGAGGACAGGUUCAGCAAGAUGGUUCAAGAAGGAUCGGACGUGCUAGCGUGGCUCAAUGAUCAACCUCCUUCGUCGGUUUUAUUCAUGUGUUUCGGGAGUCGGGGUUAUUUUGAGGACGGUGAUCAGGUGAGGGAAAUCGCACGGGCUCUUGAGAGAAGUGGGGUCCACUUCUUGUGGUCUCUACGGAAACCGCCACCCGACACAGUGACGGCGCCCGGGGUUUACGCUUACCCUGACCUGGCAGAAGUAUUACCGGAGGGGUUUCUUGAGCGCACGGCCGGGACUGGGAGAGUAAUAGGAUGGGCUCCGCAGGCCCAAAUCCUGGUACACGAGGCGGUGGGAGGAUUCGUAUCCCACUGUGGGUGGAAUUCGGUACUGGAGAGUAUAUAUUACGGGGUGCCCAUAGCCACGUGGCCGCUGUUCGCGGACCAAGAAAUGAAUGCGUUCGAAGUGGUGCGGGAGUUGAAAUUGGGUGUGGAGGUCUCCUUAGAUUAUAGAAUGGGGUUCGAGAAUAGGGGGAAAUCAGGUGUGGUGAGUGCAGAGAGAAUAGAGAAAGGGAUGAAGGAAGUGAUGGAGGAGGAGAGCGAGCUGAGGAAGAAGCUGAAGGAGAUGAGUCAGUUGAGUAGGAAGGCUGUAAUGGAGGGUGGAUCUUCGUACACGUAUUUGGGACGCUUUAUUGAUGAAGACGUCCUUAAUUAAUUGAGGGCCUGCUUGGGCAUGGUUUGGGGGGAAA